CACUAAACUAUCCGGAAUCCGGUCAAUCCGGAUCCGGCUUUCCUCUUCGCAGCACCGGCGGCAUAUGGUCUCGCAGCUCGAGUUGUGCGCAAAUUAAGGCCCUAGGAUGACCGCCCGGUUCGUAUUACCGGCGAUUCAGGACAACCCGACGGGAUGGGGUCCCUGCACCAUUCCUCCGCAGUACCAGGACAUGCCGUACCAGCCGUUCGCCAAGAGCGACAGACUCGGCAAGGUCGCCGACUGGACCGGCACCACCUAUCAGGACCGACGAGCUGCGAAUAAGUACAGCUCCCAGUUCGGGUCCGGCACCCAGUACGCUUACUAUCACGAGGAGGAUGAGAGCACCUUCCAGCUGGUGGACACUGCAAGGAUGCACAAGCCACUGCACCAGCGCGGCCGCUUCCGCAUGAACCAGCAACGUAACAUGCGGAGCCGUGAGCGACAGAAGAUGGUUCAGCAGCAGCAGCUUCAGGUUCUCUCCAAGUCUGCCAAGGGCAGGGAGCGGGAGCGGAUGCAGCAGGUUCGCAAGUGGCAGAAGCAGAUGCGUCAGAAGUUUGACAACAAGGGUCAGGUGCCCGUGAAGCACCGAGAGGCCUCGGUGAACGUGCGCCCCACCUGGAAGGUCCUGGAGGAAAUGGACUUCCCCCGCCUCUUCAAGCUCUCCCUGCCAGGGGUGGGAGAGGGCAAGGAUGUGUACCAAUGCGGUGCGGUGGAGUUCUACGACAAGGCGUACAACCUGGUGACGUGCAAGAACGAGAAGCCCCUCCAGCGCGUCAAUCGAAUCUUCCACAAGGUCACCACCACCGACGACCCCAUCAUCCGACAGCUGGCCAAGACGGAAGGUCAAACCAACAAGAUCUUUGCCACGGACGCGAUUGUGGCUUGCCUCAUGUGUGCGGGACGCUCCGUCUACUCCUGGGACAUUGUGGUUCAGCGCGUCAACGACAAGUUGUUCUUCGACAAGAGGGACGAUUCUGAAUUUGACCUGCUGACGGUGAACGAGACUGCCUCCGAGCCGCCGCACGAGGAAGGCAACUCGAUCAACGCACCCCGCAAUCUUGCCCUGGAAGCCACCUUCAUCAACCACAACUUCUCCCAGCAAGUCCUCAAGAUGGGAGAAGAGAAGCACAGCUUCGAGAACCCCAACCCCUUCAUCCAGGAGGACGAGGAAGGUGAAGUUGCCUCGGUCGCCUACAGGUACCGCAAGUUCGACCUGGGUGACGGGGUGGGGCUGAUCGUGCGCUGUGAGCGCGACGGUGCCAUGGUGGGCCCGAACGGGGAGCUUCAGUUUGUGAGCGUGAAGGCCCUGAACGAGUGGGACCCCCGCUUCUCCGGGGGCAUUGACUGGCGCCAGAAGCUGGACACCCAGCGGGGAGCCGUGCUGGCCAACGAGCUCAAGAACAACUCGUGCAAGCUGGCCAAGUGGACCGUCCAAGCCCUGCUGGCAGGCUCCGACCAGAUCAAGUUCGGGUAUGUGAGCCGUCUGCACGUGCGCGACUCGUCGAAGCACGCCAUCCUGGGCACGCAGCAGUUCAAGCCGAAGGAGUUUGCGGACCAGAUCAACCUGAACAUGGACAACGCCUGGGGCAUCCUGCGCUGCAUCAUCGACAACUGCAUGAAGCUCCCCGAGGGAAAGUACCUCAUCAUGAAGGACCCAAACAAGCCCGUCAUUCGCCUGUACGACAUCCCGGACAACACGUUCGAGACUGAGAAUGAAGCGGACGACGACGACGACGAUGAAGACGAGGGCCAGAAGAAGAAGCCUUCGACCUAAUUCUCGGGCCGAGGUGCCGAUGAUGAAAGUGACCUCCCGUUGCCGCCGUUUUUGCGAGGAGGUUGCAUGGAUUAAAGCACUAUGUUGUCUCAA